AUGCUUGCCUCACAAAAUUCGGCCGUUCUUCCGCCGAAUGGUCAAGAAAAGUGUACCUGUUGUCCGUACGGCUUUCAUUUGGAUUUGGACUUCGUGGCGUUUGCUGAGGACGUCGCCUCAGGCAAGGAGGUAAAAUUUCAUCACUUUAUUUAUCAUUUUUUCUUUGAAAAAUAUAGAAAAAGUCUAAUUUUUGAUGAUUUUUAAGAGUUUUUUGAUGUUUUUGGUAAAAAAUCUCAUUUUUAGCGGCGAAAAACUCCUGACUAUCAUUUCAACACCGAGCCUAGACGGUCGAGACCGUUGACAAAAUCAAAGGGGAUUCGGGAUUCCAAUGGAAACGGAGUGGAAACCCCUCCGGCGAAUGGAAGUGCCUUCAAAAGCCUUUCAAAGUAAGUUUUUGAAAAAUUGCACGGUGCAAAAGGGAAGUAUAUGGACGUCAUGAUGAUUAGAGACCUGAAUUUUUGAAUCUAGACAUUAUUUUCUCGAUUUUUAUGGCUUUUGAAAAAUUUUUUAAUUUUGCACGGUGCAGUCUAAAAAAUUUUGCACCGUGCGGCUUUGUGAACAAAGUUUUUCUGAAAUUUGUUUUAUGAUAUCAUACUACAGUGUCUCUAAUUUACUCUGUAAAAAUUUUGAGUCAUCAUUUUAGCUGCGCACUGUGCAACGGCCAAAACAAAAUUUUUCGCACUGUGCAAAAAAAUUAAAAAAAACUUUUUUUAGAAAAUCGCUAAAUGAUGUUGUGAAUGACCUAAACGCCCUAAGUCAAGAUUAUGACCGUCUGUUGCACGAGGAUCAGCCGAGAACUGAGCCCAGUACAGCGCAUUCAACAAUGCCUCGGCCAGAAAAUGGAAAUUAUCAGUUUCAAGCUCCAAAACCUGCCGAGACUCGUCGUCAAUAUCUCGGAGGGUUCAGCAGUGGGAGCCUUCGAAAUCCACUGCUUUCGGACAUCAGAACUCCAGCUCAUUCAGGGAGUAAUCGAGUAGCCGAGAGGAGUAAUGCCUAUUCCCCGUUUGACCCCUAUUCUACCUUGCCAAAUUCAACUGUAGAUCAUCAUGAACACAGUAAAACACCGUUAACUGUAGUGGCCAAUGAAGAGGUAGGGUUUUUACCAUUUUCUGGGAUGUAUUUUGAGGUUUUUUACGAGAAAUUUUGAUUUUUUGUGCUGUUUCUGGACAAAUUUUGGAUUUUUUGGUUAAAAGCAGAGUGUUAAUUGAACUUUCAGGUGUCUCAAAUAUUCUCUGACCGGUCAAGGACUUUGCCAACCCUCAGGCGAUCUGUGACAUCUGCUCCUACAUCACCAGUCCCCGGAAAAAGUACGUUUUUUACCAAUUUUACAAAAAGAAACACAAUUUGAUGUAAAAUAUAGAGCGUUUAAAAUUUAAUUAGAGUUUAACAAGGAAAGUACUUCUAUGGGGUGUGGAGUUACAGGUCGAGAUAUAUAUCAAAAAAUUUGCAAAAAUUUUCUGAUUCAGAAUAUAUAAAAAUUAGCUGCCUAAUUUUGGUCUGAUGACAUGUUUUUGUCCUCAGAAGUUUUCUCGCGACACCAUGCAAGUGUCUUUUUGACCGUGUUUUUACCAAUAAAAAAACUUUGUUUUGUCCUAAAAUAAAUUCUGAGGCCUUGACAAGCCUUAAAAUAUCAAAUUGGAUUACAACUACACCUUAGAAGCAGUUCAAAUGUAUAAAAUAGGUUCUCGUGUGGCAAAACGAAUCGAACCCGUUCCCUUCGGAUUCCCAAUCUAGCGCUCUAACCACUCGGCCACACCGCUCUCUUCCGAAGGAAGAGACCGAGCGCGCUUUUGUUGCCGCAGAUUUUUUUCCUCGAGAAAUACAUUUAUUGAUAAAACUCGUAGGUAGACCAAAAUUAGGCAGCUAAUUUUUAUACAUUCUGAAUCAGAAAAUUUUUGCGAAUUUUUUGAUAUAUAUCUCGACCUGUAACUCCACACCCCAUAGAAGUACUUUCCUUGUAAAAUACGUUGGCCAACCUAAAAAUAGGAAAAAUUAUUCAAAAAGUUGUUUCGACCACGGCAGGAUUCGAACCUACAAUCUUCGGUUCCGUAGACCGACGCGUUAUCCAUUGCGCCACGCGGCCACGCCUUGCUUUCUCCUUUGGUUUCCUUUCGAAUGGACCCAGAAGAGUUCCAGUAGAAAUAUUUAUAAGGGAAGUACCCCAAAAUGCGAAGAUCCGAUUUUCUUUAAAUCGUGCAUACAUUUCGCACAUAGGCCACAUAUCAAUUCCCGAAAAUUUUAGCUUACGCUUUGCAGGGGCGGCCGAGAUAUCCAACGAUCUUUGCUGCCGAGAGAGUACACAAAAUUCGGAGAGCGGUCAGAGAAAAACCACUUUUUGACUAUAUCGUUGGAAGUUUCAUGCGGAAACAAUUGACUUUUUUGGAAACAUUACCAUUAGAAAUAGGCUAGAAACUUCGCUUGCCAAAAUUCGCAAAAAAUUGUAAUUAGUUUCUAAAAUACGAUUUUUUUAUUUGUAAAAUACGGGAUGAUUUAAAUAUCGUCUAAUUUAAAAAAGCGACCUAUAAAAAAUAAUCAAUUUUUGGCAAAAUUUAAUUACAAUUUACUUCAAGACAAACUAUUCAAUUUUUUUCAGCCUUCUACACAGCACUAGGCCAAUCCUUGGCGAAUCUUCGAAAUCGCGCCCCCUUGUCGCCGAUUCUCCAUCAAGAAGCCACUCCAUUUGGUGGAGCCACCCUUCCCUCAACUGGAGCUUUUGCCGCGGGACCGAAACGAGAGAGAAUUUAUGAACCCGCAGCGAAGGCAAAGCCCCCACUACCGAGACGCUAUUUCGAGCCACAGCGACGAUAUCCACGAGUCUUGUCGCCGGAACCGGAGAAAACUCGAUCGCCGAGCACAUUGAGGUGUGUUAACAUCAAAACAUUAGAUAUAUCGGUCUGUCGGGAAAAUUUUGAGCACAUGUCGCUGGGCUGAUCACGUCAGAACUCCUACAUAUUAGGAUUUGGACUAAUUACGGUACAACAAAAACCUGUCUAUAACAAAAAAUUUCAACGGUCUCGAGAGUCAAGUUUAGGCCAAAGCGAACCUCCUGUUCAAUGAAACCCUUCUAACAGUCUGUCGGGAAAAUAAUGAGCACAAUUUUCGUGUAAUCGCAUUGCUGAAGCGAAAAGCAAUUUGAUUUUGCCACGACACAAUUCAUUUUCUCCGCGAUGCAAUUUUCGAUGCGACAAAGUGCUCAUUAUUUUUCCGACAGACUGAUAAAACAAAAAAUUUCCCUCGACAGGCCUUUUUGCGUCUAAAUUUACGAGCAGGCUUCAUCUGGACGUCCUUCCUAAAAGAUUACUGCAGUGAAGACUAGAGACUGCCACGGCCAAAAUUUCGGCUUCGGUUCAUAGCUCCCAGAGCCGGGGCCGAGGCCGAAUUUGCGGUUCGGGCUCCCGGCUCCAUGAAGUAACUAACUAAACGCGUUCAACGUGCCUGGCACUCAAAAAAAAGUUUUCCAAAAAUAAAAGUUAUUAGUGUCAGAGAUAAGACACCCAACAUUUUUGAGCCAAGUCGUACGAAACACAUCCUUCCCAGAAUUUUGCAAGCAAUUGAUUUGGCAAGAUCACAAAAUUUUUACUUUUCUGCACGCUGAGAAGAACAGCUCCGUAGCCAUGAAAAUACAUGAUAAAGAUCACUCUAAAAUUCCUGAAUUUUCAGAAAUUCCAAUCUCCACAACCGCACCUACUACACCACCAGCACUUCUCCUCGUCAAGACACAACAAGCAGUAGUUCCUCAAGUCAUCGUGUUCCGUAUCGAAGCAAAAGCACAGGGGCCCAAUUGCCCAGCUUUUACGAUCAGUUCGCGUCAGUGCUGCGGGACCGAAAUGAGCCUUCGGAAAGUCGCUAUUCUACCCUAAAAUACGACAACGACCCACGAUAUUCGACUAUACGUACGGAGCCGGCCGAUAAUCGAUAUUCCGCGAAAAUUGAAAGCAAUUUUAACGGACUGUCUAAUGGAUAUUCCACUCCAAAAGAAACGGUCGAUAACCGAUAUUCGACCGGUCGGAAUGACUCGAUUUUGAGUCAGUAUACUCCACAGGGCAUUGUGAAUCAUAACGGAUAUCAGGAACAGAGAAAAAAAGUGGAAAGUCAUUACUCUGCCCCUAUUUCGCAGACAGCUGAUAUCAAGUACAAGGUGGAAGAUCCUGUCGAUUUAUUGCUGGAAGAGUUCAAGAAACCAAUUGAGGAGAUUGAGCGGAUCAUUGAGGAUCCGCACAGGAAGACUGAAGAGAAUUAUCGAAAAUCAAGCGAUCCACACAGGGCGAUUGAAGACCCUUAUCCGAGAGUUCAACCGGAUUCGUUGGGGCUGGAUUUGAGCGCUGUGGUAAGUAAGGGUUGGUCUACAAAAUUGUUCGAGCUUUUAUCAGUCUGUCGGGAAAAUUUUUUUCUACUGAAAUGUUUACAAAGGUGUGGCCGAAAACCCAAAAAAGUCAAAUGAUGGGCCUUGUAGUCAGCCUUUCCCUAAAAUUGACACUCUCGACUUCUGAAGCUGUUCUUUAUAAAGAGGUUUUGAAUUAGGCGAAUUUUCUAUGGUUCCUCUGUGAUCAACCGUCUUUUCAUUCACCAAAUAAAUCCAACUUUUCAGGACGACUACCCUCCAAAUGUCGUUCGAUCCGGGCCUCUUCUUCAUAGCACUCCCAAAUCCAAGUCAUUUAUCACCUCAACUCCGAAGAGCGCCGAGAUACCGAGAAAUCUCCAAUCAACGAUGACUCAAACACCUCCGCUACAUCUGACCGCACCCAAAAAACGGCCGCACAAGGACGACGAGAGCCAAACCGAGCGAAAAAUAAAGUUGGAACAGUUCUCUCAGACCAAGUUGGUGCUAAAACGCGAGAUCGGAGAGCAAGCGGAGCUAAUCAAGGACGUAAAAAAACCUUUGACGAUUGACAUUGCAACCUCGCCGAUUCAUUUCGAGAAACUCGAAGUCUCAACGGACACAGAAGGCUUGGAGCCGAAGAAAAAACGGUGGAAUGAGGGGCUGAGCGUUGAGUUCCAGUAUUGCAUUGGGCACGAAUCGGAGCAUCAUUUGAGGGACAUUGAGGAGAAAUUAAAGGCCAGCAAAAAGUUUAAUGAUGCUUCGACGGAAGCUAGACCAUUGCUGAAGGAGGUGGGCACUCACCAUGGCAAUGUGGCGGCGGAGGUGGGACAUUUUGAUAGUUUUUGAUACCAGAGAAAAUUUAGGGUACCCCAAAGGUGUCUCCACGAUUUUCCUAAUUAUGUUGGGUGCAUACUGUAAAUAGGCCAUACUUUGAUUCCUGAAAAUUCUAUUAUUAGUUCGUUCGCAAAGCCGCUGGGGUGAUUUUGACGACAUGCACUUUGAGAGCCGAAAAAACCUUUUGCACGGUGCAAAAGCAAAAGCUGAGUGCAAGAAUAAAGCAUUUUUUGUAACUAUUGUGUGAUAUAUUUGUGGUUGUUGCAUGAACGCGUGGAGUCAAAAUUUCGAGAAAAAGUAAGAAACAACUCUCAUUCUCAGGGAGACCUUCUUUUCUUGAUGUUAGAAAAAAGUGCUUAAGAGUGAGGAGGUUAUUAAGAGCGUAUUUUACUCUGUCACAUUGAGACUCUCACUAGAGUACUAAAAAACAAAACUAAGCUGUCGGUGAUUAGCGGUCUUAAAAGCGCACAAGGCCAAUUUUAGGCCAAAGUCUACCUUCGCAGAACAGAAUUUUUCUCCAAGGAUUUUUUCAUCUGUUUUCGUUGUACAGAGAUCCAGUAUUCAGUCAAAGCUUUGCACAACAAACUCCCGAAUUUCUGAGGUUCUAUGAUCCGAUUUAGGAUCAAAAUCAAAAUGCCUACGUACAGCGAGACCUUUCCAAACCAAAUAUUUUGUGUGCCAUUCGAUUUCUUGUACUGUCUUUUUUCUAUAGUGAUUUUGCUCAAAGCAGAACGACAUAUAUAUCUCCGUAUUUUAACCCCAAAAAAAUUCAUCUUUAUUGAAAAUUUCAGAUUCACACUCAAACUGAAGCUCAUGCCGACAAUAUCGAAAAGAAAACAGUCUCCGCUCAGAAUUCAGCGCCUCUUUUGUCGCCAAAGGAUCAGGAGACUUCUGGAACUCAAACGAAUAUCGAUUGGAUUCAAGACGAAGUCGAAGCGCUUCUUUUGGCCGAGAAACUGGAACGCCAAAGUGUGAAGAGCGUCGAUAAAAAGACGGAGACUGAGGAUGAAGAGGCGUCUGACUUCAUUAUGAUUACUUGUUCAAAAUGUGCACAGACUGAUGUCGCCAAGUCGCAUGAGUUCUUCGAGAAAAUUGAGGUGAGAUUUUUUGUUGGAAAUACUAGUCUGUUCGCAAAGCAGCCAGUCCUGGGCGUGUGAAAAGAAAUUGCACAGUGAAAAAUGUUUCGAAAAGGAUCACGGCGCACAGCAUUCAUAGUUCCAGAAAAAAUUCCGAAAAAAGUCUACGCACUUUUUAGAACGGUCAGUAGUAUUUGUAGGCCAAAAAUUGACGCUAGAGAAAUUGUUCGUUAUAGACAAGUUUCGUCGUAUAACAGUUUGUUGCGCAGAGGACCUACUGUACAAAAGAGCCUUUGCAGAAUAGUCUCUGUAUAAUUAUCGACGUAAGAAGUCAAAAAAUAAUUUUUGGCCAAAAUCAAUCUCAUUUAUACGAAGGCCUUCUAUAACAAACAUAUUUCUCUGACCCUUGCUAUUCUUAAUACAGAGGUUCUAUCUGUACGAAUGAUGUAAAAUACGACAUUUAAUAUCAUCGUUGCCAGUUGUUUUUGAUACUUUUUUGCUCAUGUCCGCGAUGAUUAUGUCAAUCUUUACCCCCAAAAAUCCCUUGAUUUUGCGUUUCUCCGUUGAUCUCCCUCUCUUCUCCCUUACCUCAACCCAUUUCCAGGACGUGUCGAUCCAGAUCCCGGACGACUCGGAGCCGCCGGCCGAGCCCAGCCCGGCGCUGCACAUCCUCAGCAAGACCAGCCCCAUGUCCGAGGAGGAGUGGGAGUUCGAGGAGCUGGAACGACAGAUCAUCACCCAUCAACACCAGCACGCCGCGCCGCAUGAGGUGGUGGUGGAGAGGACGGCGAUUCGGAGCAUCGAGGAGCUGAUCGAGCGCCGAAAAUCACCGCAGGAAAUCCAAGUCGGUAGUUUUAAUGGGAUUUCGAAUGUCCUCUCUUUGUUGGCGGAGGCUUCACGUUAAUUGGGGAUUGUUUGGGGCAUGUUUGUUUGGGCAAUAACCCGUCUGUUUUGGGGUAUAAAAGGACUGUAGGAAAAAAAUGGUCAGUGCAAAAAAGUCAUAUUUGGGUACAGCGGAAUGUCUCUGAAAUUUCGGGUCACCUUAUAUACCAUAUUUGUAAGUCUCCUCUUGCCAUAUGUUUCCACCCAUCUCUUGGUUAAACCCUUCAACCCUCAAAGACCCUGCUAAAUUUACUUUUUAAUCCCUUGCAAUAAAAAUUCCACCUAAUUUGCCCCUUGCAGGAACAAGAAGAAGCCGAAAUGCUCGCCAAUCUCGAGCGUCUAGCCACCAUCGAGCCCGAUCGAUUCUCCAUCGACACCGACGUCCAGACGGUCAUCAUGUUGGACGCCAUCAAUCAACAAGAGGCGGUGCAUGCCAUUGUGAAUGAGAAUGGAGAUCACGUGGAGAUCCAGAAGAACCUCACGCCGGUUCAGACCGAAGCGAUUCGAAAAUUGCUGACAGAGCCAAAUCGGCCGGGUUUCCAACGGGAAAGCGGGGCGUAUCGGAGCUUCAAGGUGGAGAAAACAAAGGCCGAUGACUUAGAUUACAUCACCGAGAAACAUACCCAGGUAAUUUGAAAAGUACAGUGAUCUCUGACAACGAACUGCAUACGAUGAAGCCUGUCUAUAACGGACAAUGUGGAAGACCAUGCGUCAUUUUUAGGGCUGUGUAGCAAAGCAAAGUUAAAUCAUUGAAAUUACUACAACAAAUCUCAAAAUACAACAGGUUUUCGUCUCUAACAGGUGAUUCGGAGGUUCCAAGGAGAGAUUUUCGACAAAAAUAAAGUCUCUCAACAACGAAACCCUUCUACGACAAUUGUUUACUACCUCGCGGUUUGUUUUUCAGAUUUUCUUUCGUAUUGCAGAAUCUGUAAAACAAAUCUCUAAAGUUCAAAAAUUCAUGCGUUACAGAAGGGCUUCGUUGUAUGGAGGUUCGUUUCGGCUUGAAAGUUGUUAAAAUCGCCUUGCGGGGCCUAUGAAAUUUUCGCUAUAGACAAUCUUUGUUGUAAAAGGGUUUUUUUAGAGCGGUUCCACUAUCUAUUAGGCGUAGAAGCAUGAUCGUGCCGUUUUUCCGGCCCAUAAUUUCAAUCAAAACAAAAAAUUUUUACACUAAACCUUAUCCAAUUUUAUAUUCUAUUAUUAAUUCCGAGGGGUUUGCACAAUUUGGCCAACUUUCAAAUCCAUCAAAGAAAAGUUUUGGCUUUUUUGAAGCCAUCUAAAUAUCAACCCAAUUUUCGGCAUCGUUGUAUUCAUCGAAGCGCUGCUGCCACAGAUCGCGUUCCAUCGGUCGAAACCAGUGAUAAUCUGAAAGUGCUGCGUCCGGAGAGUGUCGCGGAUGGGGUAAAACGUCCGAACUCGGCGGUUCUGGAGUGCCCUUGACCAGUUUUUCAACAUGGGGUUUGGCGUCAACAUGCAGCAAAACAAAAAUUGGUCAUACCGACCGCUUUUAUCAUAUCUCUUGGUGGAGUUGCAUCAAGUCUUGUUGACAACGGAUGCCAGUAACCGUUUUGUCGGGUUUCAUGAUCUCAUAGAAUAGAAGAUCUUGCUUUUGUCGUCAUAUACAGAGCAACACUUCCUUCCCGGUAAUGUUGGACUGUGCUGUCGCUUGUGUUUCGGGUCGUCAAAAUCGAUCCAUUGUUCUUCUCUGGUCACUAGACAAUGCAAAAAUGACAUCCUUUCUGUCUGUCCAUCAAAAUUUUGUAUGUUAUCCAUGUUGAGUUAGGUCAAUCCAUAUGACACCCAAGUCCUUUCACUCUGGAUCUUUCCCAAUUGUUCCAAACUGAGUGAAGCUCCUUUAUACAACACGUGUAACAUCACAGCUAGCUUUUCUUGCGCACCGUCAUCGUGUUGUUUGCAAUAAUCUCCAUAUUCAAAUUUCUCAUAUGGCUUGGAAAAUCACGGGAUUUGAAACGUUGAACCCUUUUCCGACGGAAUUUUUUUUACAGAGCACGACCACAGUAAGCUUCUGUAAGCGUUCCAUGCGUCGACGGCGCUUUUGCUCACAUGAUAUAUGUAGAGGAAAAUUUCCCGCAAAUGGCAUUUUUCUGGGACGAAAGUUGGUCAUCUUUGAAGCUUUAUAAAAACCGCUGUUCUAAACCUAAUCACACGAAGCAUAUAUCGAUAGACAGCGUUUUCAACGUUCUUUCAGGCGAUAUCAACAGAUGCACCAAAACUUUAACUCUACUUGUAAAAAAGGCGCAACUAAAAAAACGGCACGGUCAUACUUCUAUGCCUAAUAGUUUAAACAACGGCUGUAUAUGGCUGGAGUACUGCCUAGAGUACCCACAAAAAAAUUAGGUUCAGAGCUUUUGCAAUUCGCAAUUUGGAUGAUGGAUUUUAUGGAUUUUCCCGCGAUGAGGAUCUUUACAAUGCCCAAAAUUAAAUUUCUUAACAUGCUAUUUACAAGUCCCGAACCAUAUAUACUGACUAGAAAAACUCCGAGGUCUUCCCCUAAUCCCCAAUAACUCUUUCCUCAAUAUUUACUCAAGUUACCCAGCGCUCGCUUGUUUAUGACUUUCCCAACCUUACUCAACCAAAAGAAAGACCUUUCUUUAUUCAAAAACAAGCCUCAUUUUGAGAGAAAAAAGCGAGAGAGAGGAGGAGGAGAAAAACCUGGCCGAUAAAUCCGAUUUGGUCGAAAAAUCAAACAGUUUUUUUCUCGCUUACAAACCGCUUUCAGGUACGUAAACCGCAACCCUCAACGACGCCUUCGAGUGAUCCGGAGAAACCGUUGAAAGAGAUGGUGGUGUUGAAGAAAUUCCAGAACAUUCCCAGCAACUUCCCGGAGCCCGUGAGUGCCAGAAUUCCGAGGCCCAAGUUUGCCAAGUAUUCGCCGCAGCCCAGUGAGAUGGAGCAUGUGGAGAGUCCGGAUGAGGUGAGGAAGUGGUUUCAAAAGUUUUCAAAUUUAUGCCAUCAAAAUUAUCGGAAUUUGGAUGAUUUUUUAAAUGGGGUAUUCUAAGUCUGUAUGAUCGAUUUACAUCAAAAUUUUGCUUAUGUAUAAGUCGAGGAACUUAUAAACGUCUGAGUGUCCAGAUAAUGUUUCUGGACACGCUUUUUUGCAGCGCAAAAUAGAUAAACAUAAGUAAAAUACGGACCAAUCUACUGUAUCACUUUCGAAAAUCCCCAAACAUUCUAUUACAAACAAAUUUUCAGGCCGCCGAAGCCCAAGACAAACUGACUCCGCUCCGCUCCGAGCUCCAAUACUUUGAUGAAUGGCGAUCGAAUCGUUACCGCCGAUUCCGCCGGCCCUUCAACGAAGUUGCCCCUCAGAUCGACGCUCCAGAUUACGAAUCCGACGAUGAGGCUACCGGCUUCGAUCCCAACGAUCCCGUUAGCACCUCCAGCAAUUCAAGUCUCACUUCCGAUGAGGCGGAGAUGGAACGCCAAAGCAGUGACGACGAGAACGUUGGAUUCGAGAUGUCAGCGCCAUUAAAAGAGGCGCUGGAGACCCUGAACAAACACCUCAUGGAUGAGCCCGAAGAAACAAUGCAUUCCAGUGACUGGGCGUAUAAAUAUGUCCAACACGAAUGGCUAAGGUUGAGUACGAAGAAGAACGCGAGUCCACAGACAAUCGAGCACUUUAUUGACGCGCUGGAAGUUUUGUCGGCCAAAUUAAUGGAGACCGUCAUCAACUUCCAGGAUCAGAACGUAAGUGGCAAUAGAGUCAAGCCUAAAUUUCAAAAAAUUUUUUAGGGCAACACCGCUCUUCACUACGCAGUAUCUCAUGAGAAUUACGGAGUUGUCAGCGUUUUAUUAGACGCCAAAAUUUGCCGAGUCGACGACACCAACAAAGCUGGCUAUUCGCCAGUAAUGUUGGCCGCAUUGUGUGAUAUCAAAAAUGAAACCGAAGCCGCAAUUGUUCAGAGACUCUUCGAACGUGGAAACGUUAAUGCCAAGGCUGUUUAUGUAAGUCUUUAACACUGAAAUUUGUUGGCAAAAUCUCAAAUUUACCUAUCAAUUUCCUCCGUUCUUUCAGCACGGCCAGACUGCUCUAAUGUUGGCCGUUUCGCAUGGCCGUGUGGAGACGACAAACUUGUUGAUCAGCUGCGGAGCUGACGUAAAUUUGAAGGACAUUGAUGGCUCAACCGCGCUGAUGUGUGCCGCCGAACAUGGGCACAAGGAGCUGGUCAAGAUUUUGCUCAAACGACCGGGAAUUGACGCUAGCUUGACUGAUUGUGUAAGCAACAAUAUUAUGUUUUUAUUCUACUUCUUUGAAUCAACCAGGGGCUUCUUUCCAAUUUCAAUCCAAAAAACUAUGCGAUUUCUGCAAAACGCGGGUAGAAAUGCGGAAAAUGUCGAAAAUUCAGUCCCGAAUCUUGCACACAUGUAGGCCAUAUGCAACAUUUCAAUUCCUAAAAACUAGUUCGCAUUUUGCAGGUUUCAUGAAAAUCUGAACUUCAAAACUGAUAAAAACUCAUUUUCAGGACAACCAAUCAGCCUUGUCCAUUGCUAUGGAAAACCAGCACCGAGAUAUUGGAGUUCUCAUCUACGCUCAUCUAAACUACGGCCGCACUGAUGGUCAAGAAUCAUAA